GUUGCUAGCUCCUUGUGAAAACCCUUGACAACAAUAUUCAUAUUUGGAUUAUUCAGAUCGCUAACUGAGGAAUCAAAACACUGGCAGCCUUUAGGGAGGACGUAACCAAGAUAAAGGAGACCUGGCAGUGAAGUACAAGAUGUCUGUUUAGUAUGAGGAGCCCAUAAUAACGGGGAGUUUCAGUGUUGUGGGAUCGUUUCCCAAAAGUUUUGGCUAUGGGGUGGAGGAGUCCGACAUGGAGGAGAGCUCCGCAUCAGAUGAUAAACCCAGGAUCCUGCUGAUGGGACUGAGGCGGAGUGGCAAGUCAUCCAUUCAGAAAAUGUCGCCCAACGAGACGUUAUUCCUGGAGAGUACCAACAAAAUCUCCAAGGAUGACAUCUCCAGCAGCUCCUUUGUCAACUUCCAAAUCUGGGACUUUCCUGGACAGAUGGAUUUCUUUGACCCCACAUUUGACAGUGAAAUGAUCUUCAAGGGGACUGGUGCCUUGAUCUUUGUCACCGACGCUCAGGAUGACUAUGUCGAGGCUCUUGGGCGGUUGCAUCUCACCGUAUCUAGGGCCUACAAAGUGAAUCCAGACAUUAACUUUGAAGUGUUCAUCCAUAAAGUAGAUGGUUUGUCAGAUGACCACAAAAUUGAAACACAAAGAGACAUUCUUCAGAGGGCCAAUGAUGACCUGGCGGAUGCCAGCCUGGAGAGAGUUCAUCUCAGCUUCUACUUGACCAGCAUCUACGAUCACUCCAUCUUCGAGUCCUUUAGUAAAGUCGUCCAGAAGCUGAUUCCUCAGUUACCGACGUUGGAGAACCUUUUGAACAUUUUCAUAUCCCAUUCUGGGAUCGAGAAAGCUUUCCUGUUUGAUGUUGUGAGCAAGGUUUACAUCACCACAGACAGCUCUCCUGUGGACAGGCAGUCCUACGAACUAUGCUGUGAUAUGAUUGAUGUUGUCAUUGAUUUCUCCUGCAUUUACGGGCUGACAGACGCCGGCAGCGGCUGUGCCUAUGACAAGGAGUCUUUGGCGAUCAUCAGGCUCAACAACACAACAGUGCUUUAUCUGAAAGAGGUCACAAAGUUCCUCGCUCUCAUCUGCAUUCUCAGAGAAGAGAGCUUUGAGAGGAAAGGUCGGUAAAUUAGAUCGUAGAAACAGUUACUUUGGCCUGAUCAGGUCAUAGGCUGAUUAUACAAGAAGUCCUAAGUGUCAGAUUAGAACAUCUCCUGCUGCCAAACGAGAAGUACGGUGGAUCUGCAUACGUGAAGAUGGUUUCUUCUUCUUUUGUCUUUUGUGUUCUCUUUGGCUGCUGAUUGUUGGCGGCCACCGUGCAGUAGUGUUCAAAAGUAUUUUUCAUAUCAAAACUUUAUUUAUAUCUGCUUGACCCCUCAGUUCAGCAGUGCAGGAACUACUGUCCACCUUGAUUAACAGCAGCGUAGGUGAUCAGAGAGAGCAGGCAGUUAACUGGGCUUCAGUGACUUCAGCGUUUUUGACUUUGGAUUUUAUGUCAUAAAACAUUUGUCACAAUUCAAACUAAAUUCUUUAAAUGCCUUAUUUAUUCCCUUUACAAGUUUGAUAUAGUACAAUUUUAAUUGUUUCCGAAAAGCCAUCCAUGAAGUGUUUGAAGUCGACACCUCAACACAAGGCGCAGUCUGGAGACCAGUGAGCUCGUCUGGCAGCAACUUGAGUGGUUUAAAAUACGCUGCACUGAACGGAGGUGCUGUCUGAAUGACAGGUGUGGGUUUACCUGAAGCUCCAUGAUACCUUGUGUCUUGUAAGUGUCACCUGGAUGUGAAUCAGUUGGAGAAGCAACUUAGAAUGAUGACAAUUCUGCCCUGAACUUUCACAGUGUGGAAAUUUAAGCAACUGUCUCCAUGAGUCUUUGGACGACACCUGCUUCUCUCCGUCUGGCUUAAAAUGAAAUAUAUCGUUCCUGCUUACAGGUGAUGAAACACCAGCCAGUGCACCUGCUUCAUUUUUGUUUCCACUUUCUGGACAAUUAUCAGCAUGAAAAUCUGUCGGUUUUAUUUACCUCUUUGGCCAGUUAAUCCUGUGUACUCUGCAACACAAAAAUACUUGUGGUAGUGUUCAAGUGCCUGCAGUCAAACUGAACACACAAUGACUCAACUAGAGAUUUUGCAUUUCCACAAUCUACCCUUCAACGUCCAAACUUCUUUCAUGUUCCUGCACAUUUCACCUUGACUUUUCAAGUGCUGUAAGUGGCUUCAACCCCCACUAUGAAAAACACAUCCUGUCCCGCACAGUUUUUUUUUUUCUGUUGAUAAUGAUUCGUGCCACCAGCAACUGGCGCUCUGCUCAGACUCUCCUCACACUGUGCCAGUUACACCAUUAGAGCCUCGGUUGAUUAACAGAGGGGCAGACAGCGUGUUGGUCCUAAUGGAGGCUGGAAAUAACUGAUGAUGCUUUUCACUCGUGACAACGUGCCGUGCCUGCUCACAGCUUGUGUAGCCUGAUGAACAUUAUGGCCAAAGAAUUUGUUUGAAGCAGUUUU